AAAUGGUAACGCGUUAAGUAAUCAAUGAUGCAGACGCAGCACGCCUAUCCAUAUAUAUACACACAUAAGGCUCUGUUCUUUUGCUUUAAUUCGUUCUGAAACAAUCUUCGAAGUUCGUAUCGGUUUUGGUUUGCUGAAAGUUAGUAAAAACAAUGGGAGGUGGUAAAGACAAGCAUCAUGAUGAGCAAGACAAAGGGUUUCAUGGUUUUCCAGGAGGUGGACAUCAUUACCCUCCCGGUGCACCUGGAGGUUACCCACCCGCGGGAUACCCGCCACAACAAGGAUAUCCUCCAGCUGGAGGCUACCCACCUGCAGGUUACCCACCCGGUGCAUACCCUCCUGGUGCUCCCGGAGGUUAUCCUCCUGCAGGCUAUCCUGCUCCUCACCAUGCAGGACAUUCUAGUGGUGGACUAGGAGGUAUGAUCGCCGGUGCAGCUGGUGCAGCCGCAGCUGCCUAUGGAGCUCACCACAUUGCUCAUGGAGCACACAACCCGUACGGGCAUGCAGGGCCCGCAGGGUUUGGCCACGUUGGUCACGGUGGAUAUGGUCAUGGUAAGUUCAAGCACGGAAAGCAUGGAGGCAAAUUCAAGCACGGAGGCAAGUUCAAGCAUGGAAAGCAUGGGAAGCACGGUAUGUUUGGAGGAGGCAAAUUCAAGAAGUGGAAGUAAUCUCAAACAGAAAAAAUAACCUAUGAGAUUCUCUUCUCCAGUAGUCUCAUUACCUGGCCGAUGUUUCUAAUAAUCAAACCCCCUCUCAAAAUAAUUACAAUUUAACUAUAUAUCGGUUUAGAGAUUGCUGGUUUAGAGAAAAUAAAAUGGAGAGUGAUAGUAUAAUGUAAAAACCUUAUGGUAUCUGUAGAAGAGGUUUCUUCAAUCUCUCAAUAGCAGAUGCUUUGAAACUUAUCUAUGAUUUUGGUUUUGUAAUUGACAGUUUGUGUUUGUUCUGGUU